GCCGGAAGCGGCGCGGCCGCGUCAGGGCGGGCGCGGGGGGCGAGAGACGGAGCCGCGACCCCGCUGCCGCCCAGAGACCCCUGGCCCCGCCGGCCACAGCCCUGCCGCCCCCCGACCCCGACAUGGCUCUGCGGAUGCUUCUCCUCAUCGCUGCCGCGCUGGCGGCGGCCGCCGUGCCCGCCGCCGCCUUCUACCUGCCGGGCCUGGCGCCCGUCAACUUCUGCGAGGCCGGCAAGGAGAAGCCCGAGUGCAAGUCUGGAAUUGAGCUGUUUGUGAACAGGCUUGACUCAGUAGAAUCUGUCCUUCCCUACGAAUACACUGCGUUUGAUUUCUGUCAAGCAGAAGGAAAGAAGCGUCCAUCUGAAAACCUUGGCCAAGUCUUAUUUGGAGAGAGGAUAGAACCGUCUCCUUACAGGUUCACAUUCAACAAGAAGGAGACGUGUAAGUCUGUUUGUACAAAAACAUAUGAUACCACAAAGCCAGAAGAUAAACAGAAAUUAGACUUUUUGAAAAAAAGUAUGCUACUGAAUUAUCAACAUCACUGGAUUGUGGACAACAUGCCUGUGACGUGGUGUUAUGAUGUGGAAGAUGGCCAGAGGUUCUGCAAUCCUGGUUUUCCUAUUGGCUGUUAUAUUACAGAAGAUGGCCGUCCAAAAGAUGCCUGUGUUAUUAAUUCAGAAUUUCAUGAAAAAGAUACCUUUUAUAUUUUCAACCACGUUGACAUAAAAAUAUAUUACCAUGUUGUGGAAAAUGAAGCUCUGGGAGCAAGACUAGUUGCUGCUAAACUUGAACCAAAAAGUUACAAGCAUACCCAUCCAGACAACCCUGAUUGCUCAGGAGUACCUAUGGAUAUAAGUAAUAAGGCUAGUGGAGAAGUCAAAAUUGCUUACACAUACUCAGUUACUUUUCAUGAAGAAAAAACUAUCAGGUGGGCAUCAAGAUGGGAUUAUAUUUUGGAAUCCAUGCCUCACACUCACAUCCAGUGGUUUAGUAUUAUGAAUUCCCUGGUGAUUGUCCUCUUUCUCUCUGGAAUGGUAGCUAUGAUUAUGUUGAGGACACUGCAUAAAGAUAUUGCAAGAUACAAUCAGAUGGAUUCCACUGAAGAUGCUCAAGAAGAAUUUGGCUGGAAACUGGUUCAUGGUGAUAUUUUCAGGCCCCCAAGAAAAGGAAUGCUGUUGUCAGUUUUUCUAGGCUCUGGCACACAGAUCUUAAUAAUGACUUUUGUUACCCUGUUUUUUGCUUGCCUGGGAUUUUUGUCACCUGCUAACAGGGGAGCUCUAAUGACCUGUGCUGUAGUUUUGUGGGUACUGCUUGGAACUCCAGCCGGUUAUGUUGCUGCCAGAUUCUACAAAUCAUUUGGAGGUGAGAAAUGGAAAACAAAUGUCCUGCUGACAUCAUUCCUUUGCCCUGGAAUUGUGUUUGCGGAUUUUUUUAUCAUGAACCUCAUUCUCUGGGGAGAAGGCUCUUCAGCAGCUAUUCCGUUUGGUACUUUGGUUGCUAUUUUGGCACUCUGGUUUUGCAUAUCUGUACCGCUGACGUUUAUUGGUGCCUAUUUUGGGUUUAAGAAAAACGCUAUUGAACACCCUGUUCGCACAAACCAAAUUCCUCGUCAGAUUCCUGAGCAAUCAUUCUAUACAAAGCCACUACCUGGCAUUAUCAUGGGAGGGAUUCUUCCUUUUGGAUGUAUCUUUAUACAGUUGUUCUUUAUUCUCAAUAGUAUUUGGUCCCACCAGAUGUAUUACAUGUUUGGCUUCCUGUUUCUGGUAUUCAUUAUUUUGGUUAUUACAUGUUCCGAGGCUACAAUAUUACUCUGCUACUUCCAUCUAUGUGCAGAGGACUAUCACUGGCAGUGGCGUUCAUUUCUCACUAGUGGUUUCACUGCAGUUUAUUUCCUAAUAUAUGCAAUACAUUAUUUCUUUUCUAAACUGCAAAUCACAGGAACAGCUAGCACCAUUUUAUAUUUCGGUUAUACCAUGAUUAUGGUUUUGAUCUUCUUCCUUUUCACAGGGACAAUUGGAUUCUUUGCAUGCUUUUGGUUUGUAACCAAAAUAUACAGCGUAGUGAAAGUUGACUGAAGAAACCAAUGUAAAGAAUUAACACAGAAGAGGUUUAAUCUUCAUUAACAUAACUUAAAAACCCUGGUCUCAUUGAUGAACUUGAGCUUUAUCAGAAGUAUUGGCUUCCUAUUCUUUGAGAAUGAUACUGAAAUGCACCUACUUUUCCACUAACAUGUUUGUAUUGUGACUUAAUAACCUGUUUUCAUUCAAACCUUAAUGAAGAUCAGAGUUACAAUAUUUAUGCGUUUGUAAAUACAACUAUACUUUAAAAGAAAUGUUAAAUUCUAAUGGCAGAAUAGACGUGGCUGUAUUACACAACUUAAUGAUACUUCUGAUCAAAAAGUACAACUGUAAAUAGGUUUUUCUAGCUUGGUAGGUGGGAUGAAUUAUUUUUCUUUGAGGGAAAUGAGAACUUUUUAUUAUGCUAACUUUGAAGGAUGACUCUUAAGAAGUGUUGCUUUUAGUCUGGAUGUGAUUUUUAUUUUUUACUGGUGUUACGUCCAUAAAUAUUCUGAUUUCUGUGAGUUAAUUCGUUUUGGUGUUCUUGGCCUUUUAAACUAUGUGCCUCUGAGUCCUGGAAUUUAUAAAUUCAUAAUCUAAUAAACGUUGUAAAAAUGUC